GGGGCCUUGCCGUCGCCGCUCAGACUUUCUCAGUUUAUCAAAUAAAACGGACCAAAUAUCCGCGACACAUCCCUCUUUUAUUCGCUCCUUCAUUCAUUGAAGCCAGAAUCUGGAAGAAAGAGAGAGACACGUUGCUCCGUCAAACGUCGGCACCAUCUGCUCUGCAACUGCUCUCCGAGCCGAGGAGUUCCUGCUCCUGCCAGCCGCCCUCCCUCCGAGGAAACAUCUUUGAUGUGACCGAGCCACGCUGAGCUGAUGCCAGAGCACCGACAGCUGACGGUGGGAGCAUGCGUUGACGACCGUCUCCUGAAUCUUUAACCACCUUGAAUCCUGCUGUUACUCCUCUCCGGCUGUUCCUGGAAUCCGCCUCGGCGAUGGGGAGGAAGAAGAUUCAGAUCACCAGGAUCGUGGAUGAGAGGAACCGACAGGUGACCUUCAUGAAGAGGAAGUUCGGCCUGAUGAAGAAGGCCUACGAGCUGAGCGUCCUGUGCGACUGUGAAAUCGCCCUCAUCAUCUUCAACGGCUCCAACAAGCUGUUCCAGUACGCCAGCACCGACAUGGACAAGGUCCUGCUGAAAUACACCGAGUACAACGAACCCCACGAGAGCAGAACCAACUCCGACAUCGUGGAGGCCCUGAACAAGAAGGAGCACCGCGGCUGCGACAGCCCCGACGCCGACCCGUCCUACGUCCUCACCCCCAGCACCGAGGAGAAGUACAAGAAGAUUAACGAGGAGUUUGACAACAUGAUGAAGAGCCAUAAAGUUUCCACAGGGCAGCAGCAGCAGCAGCAGCCGCAGCAGCAGCAGCAGCAGCAGCACUUCAUGCACGUGGCGGCGGGCGGCGCCCCCUACUGUCAGGGAGGAGCCACCUCUCAGGCUCUGGCUGCAGCCACUGCCGUGCUGGCCGACAACGGGAUCUUGCCCUCGGCCCAUACACCCCACCGAGGCCUCGGAUCCUCACACAGGAGCAGCGCUGGAGACACAGGUGGUCUGGUUCUCCAAAACGGAUCUGGAGCAGCUGUGAAUGGAUUUGUGGGUUCCAGCGGUGGAAACUCUCUGGGGAAGAUCGUUCCCCCUAAAUCUCCUCCAGGCAGCAGCCGCAAGGCCGACCUGCGGGUCGUCAUCCCGCCCUCCAAGGGAGCCAUGCUGAGCAACCAGCGGCUGAGCAGCAGUCAGUCCAGUCAGCUCCUGUCCACGCCGGUGGUGUCCGUCACCACGCCCAGCCUGAACCACCAGACGCUGGUUUACUCCGGCAUCAGCUCCGGCAUCAGCUCCGGCAUCAGCUCCUACAGCAACGAUUACUCCCUGAACAGCGCGGACAUGUCGGGCUUCAGCUCGGACCCGUCUCUGGGCUCCAUGACGGCGUGGGAGCAGCAGCUCAGCUCCCUGGGGUCAGGGGCUUCCAGCCUUCCCAUCAGCACCAACCACAGCAUCAGCAUCAAGGCAGAGCCCAUAUCCCCGCCGCGGGAGCAGCUCAGCCAGCCGGGCUACAGGAACCAUCCGCAGGGGGGCCACCCUCAGGGCCAUCAGGGCCAUCAGGGCCCCCAUCAGGGCCACCUUCACCCCUCCACCUCCUCCUCCACCCGGCCAGACAGCGUCAGCUCCUCCUGCAGCUCCCAGGACGGCGGCAGCGACCGUGAGGAGCAGCAGCGGGGCCCGGACCUCCAUCCACUGGCCCCGGGCCGGCCCGAGGGCCCAGAUCUCCACCCGCUGGCUGCUCGGUCCGAGGGCCGCCAGAGCCCGGCGCUGAAGCGGAUGAGGAUGGACAGCUGGGUGACAUAAACCCCCGAGUCGUCCGGACAAACGGGAGGGAGGGACGCUGUUAUGCAAAUAAAUGGUGGAUUUUAUCCAUGUGUUUUUGUUUAAAUUGACAUGUUCUGUUAAAUUUGUCAAAAACAGUUUACUGGUACUUUAUAAAAUCACACUUUUUGGACGAAAAAACCACAACAAAGAUAAUGACAGCAACAUGGAUCAGUAAUGUGGGUCAAAUUGCAGUACAAUCAAUGAUUUCCUGAUCAAGUAGGACACGCCGCCGGGGGGCGGCUGGAGGAGCCGCCGCUCGUCUCGUCGUGUUUUAGCAGAGAAACGCGGCUCAGCGUCUCCCGCUCGGCAACAGCCAGUGUUCUGCCAUUUUGCCAAAAAAUGCUCCCUAAUGGUUUUCUACCUUUGUAGAGCUACAAUUUUACUGUGUUUUACUUUUACCCAAGUGGUCCUUGUCUCUUGCCAGGCCGUCAUUGUAAAUAAGAAUGUUCUUAAUGACCUGCCUGGCAAAAACAAAGGCCAAUGACUGAAUGAAUAUCAAAUAAAGCCAUAGAAUUAUUGUUUUUUUCCUCUUUAUCGUAUAAUGUUCACAAAGUGUAAUUCAAUUCAUGUCAUGGGUCGUGUAUUUUGAAGGAUCAAAUACUCAACAUCCCAUAUUAUCAAUUUUACAUGGUGCAAGAAAUGAUUGGCGUCAAAAUGGACUGUGUGCAUGUGCAGAACCACAAAGUAGCAUUUCUCUGCAGGUAGCAAAGAUUGGCAGAACACCGGGUCACGUCUGAUCUCUCAGGGUUUGAAGCGUCCAAGCAGUCCGACACGAAAGCAAUACCCCCCCACCCCGUCGUCUCUGUCUCUUUCUAACAACACUUAUUUAUAUCAGCCAAAGCAGUAUACUGUUGUCUGUUUGUUCGUUGGUUUUUAUGUGUACAAUAUUUCCUCCAGAUGUUUAAAUGAAAAAGCUCUAUGGCCACUUGUAUGUACAACCACAUGUCUUUGUUGUUUUGUAUAUACUAUCUUUAAU